CGCCGCGCCGUCACGGCCACCAGUUGUCAUCCAUGCCGUCGCCAGCGAGCACGCCGAGCGCGCAACGAAAAAGACGCCGCCGCCGUGACCAUCAUCCGCAAAACCAACUGCAACCGUACCACAGCCCUCACCGCGGUGCCGUCGUAUCGUUACCCGCGGACACCACUACCACUUCGCUAUCACCGGUAGCCCUAGCUACCGCUGCCGCCGUAGCUUCGAACGCCGCCACCACGGCAUCCUCCACGGCGUCCGUCGUGGCCGCCGCAAUGGCGAUCGCCAAUGAGACCAACAUCGAUCUCAUAAUGAUCAACAAAAUCAAGCAGCACCAGGUGCUGUACGACACGGACGAGGACCAGUACAAGUACAUCGACAAGAGGGACAAGGCGUGGAAGGAAGUUGCCGACGAACUCGGCAUGCCGGUUAACGAUGUCAAAUUGCGCUGGAAACGUUUACGCGACAAUUUCCGAGUGUCCAUCAAACGCACCAAAGGAUUGAAUCUCAAACCCGGCCUACCGUUCGUCGAGGGAAAGCCGUGGAAAUAUCAAAGAGAGAUGGAAUUUCUCUUGCCCUUUAUGCAAAUCGGAGGAUAUUCCCUGAAGAAAAUGCUGAACUUGGAACACUCUCCUACCCAGGACUACUCGAGCGCGUACGACGACUGCAAGACAGAAGGGUCAUCUAGCCCGUACAACAACAUGUCGUACGACUACGACGAGAUGCCCGAGCCCCGGGUGGAGGUAAAAGAGAUGGCGGGCAACUACUCAAACGACGAGGGGGGCGUGGACGACGAGCUCCUGUACCCCGACGUGGAGAUCCUGAGCAACGGCAAGCACGAGCCCCUGCACCGUGUCGCGAAGCGCGUCAAGCGGUCGGCCGAAGCCGCGGCGGCGGCUGCCGCCAAGGAGGCCGACUCGUCCGCCCAGCUCAAGCUCAACCAACACCACAUGAACCACUAUUACCACAUACAGCAACAACAGCACAGCCACGCCAAGGUGCACCCCGUCGACCUGUUCUUCUACAGCAUGGCCGAGACGACCAAGGGCCUGCCUCAGGCGUACCAGGCGGAGAUCAAACGCCGCGUGCUCGAGAUCGUGAUCAAGGCCGAAGAAGAGAUGAACAAAAAUAAAAACUACGAAUGACUGCCGUUGCGUACAAUCGACAUUUCGCUCUCUUGCUCUCUCUCCUCUCCUCCCUCCCCUCACUCUUUUUCACUCACUACGACUAAGUCUUUUUCGUUUUUGUACCAUUCCCACUUUUUUAUUGUAUACAUUAUAUUAUAUUAUAUAAACAUUUUUGAUGUCACAUUAACUCGGAAUUUUUCGGUCGAGUUGUUGAUCGUUUGUCGUUCUCAUAUUUAUUUUACUAUCAAAUCGCUUAAUUUAUUAUUAUUAUGUAUAUGAUUAUUAUUCUGUUCGGUGUAAUUCCAACUGCAUAAUGUUGCGGUUACCGAACGGUCGUGAUACGGUAUCCUGAAACGUCCAACGUCAAUUAUUAUUAUUACACAUCACUUAGAAUUAAGGAAUAAUUAUUUCUAUUAUUAUUUUUUUUUUUUUGACUCGUGGAGAUAAAUGACGGGUAUAUAUUAUAUUUUUUUACUAAGUAAUGUGAAUGCAGAAAAGUACUCUGAAAUACAAUUUUUGUAAAGUAUAACAUUCCGAAUUUCGCCACUAAACUGGCUUUGUGAUAAUAAUAAUGUGUUAAAUAAUAAGUUAUGCAUUCCAUUGUAGCGUAUCUAUACAGUGUAAUUCAAUAUUAUUAGCGUAAGUCUGAAUGUUUCAUACCUAUUUAGGUCAUGUAAAGAUAAUUAUAUUUUUGCUCAAACAGACUCUGCCUAUGCAGACAAUGUGUGUACCGAUUUUUUUGUGUACAAAAUCAAUUUACAUUAAAUGUAGACUAAUAUAAUAAGUACGAACACUAUACCAUGACAGUCUUAUUAUUAUUGUUUUUUUUUUUUUAUAUUUAUAAGUGUGUCGCAAAUAUUGCUAUCGUUGUAAAUAAAGAA